CCUUCAGCUCAACUUCAGCUGCAUGAAAUAUGGGAGACGACAGGCCGUUUGUGUGCAAUGCCCCUGGCUGUGGACAGAGGUUUACAAACGAGGACCACCUGGCUGUUCAUAAACACAAGCAUGAGAUGACAUUGAAAUUCGGCCCCGCUCGAACCGACUCAGUCAUCAUCGCAGAUCAGACCCCGACCCCGACUCGGUUUUUGAAGAACUGUGAAGAAGUGGGACUCUUCAACGAGCUGGCCAGCUCCUUUGAGCACGAGUUCAAGAAAGCAGCAGAAGAUGAUGAGAAAAAGAGUGCUGGAGCCUUGGACAUGUCCCUACCCUCUACUCCAGACAUCAAGAUCAAGGAGGAAGAGCCAGUGGAAGUGGACUCUUCACCACCAGACAGCCCUGCAUCCAACCCACGGUCUCCACAGAACAAGGAGAAGGAGCUCACCUCCAAGCCUGUCAUCAUUUCUACACCUACUCCCACCAUCGUGCGGCCGGGCUCCUUGCCUCUCCACCUGGGCUAUGACCCCCUGCACCCCACACUGCCAUCCCCAACCUCUGUCAUCACCCAGGCUCCCCCUUCCAACAGACAGCUGGGGUCUCCCACAAGUUCCCUUCCACUCGUCGUGCAGCUUGCCAAUGGCCAGACCAUGCCUGUCCUCCCAGGCCCCCCCGUGCAGAUGCCUUCUGUCAUCUCGCUGGCUCGGCCCAUGUCCAUGGUGCCCAACAUUCCUGGGAUUCCAGGGCCACCCAUUAACACCAGUGGGUCCAUUUCACCAUCAGGAGGACUUCCAGUGCACUCUGAAGCCAAAAUGAGGCUGAAGGCCACCUUGACAGCAGCAUCCUCACUCAACGGCAGCAACCUGGUGGUGGGCUCAGCCAGCACCAUGGUGACCUCACGGCCAGAGCAGAGCCAGAUCCUGGUCCAGCACCCUGAUGCCCCUUCCCCAGCUCAACCACAGGUCUCUCCUGCCCAGCCCACCCCCAGCACUGGUGGGCGCCGCAGACGGGUGGUGGAGGAGGACCCGGACGAGCGGCGUCAGCGGUUCCUGGAGCGGAACCGAGCGGCCGCUUCCCGCUGCCGCCAGAAACGCAAACUCUGGGUCUCCUCCUUGGAAAAGAAAGCUGAGGAGCUCACGACCCAGAACAUCCAGCUGAGCAAUGAAGUCACAUUACUGAGGAAUGAAGUUGCUCAACUGAAGCAGCUCCUGCUGGCUCACAAGGACUGCCCUGUCACUGCACUACAGAAGAAAACCCAGGGCUAUCUUGCAGAAAGCCCAAAGGAGAGCUCAGAGCCCACAGGCUCCCCAGCUCCUGUCAUCCAGCACAGUUCCCUCCCCACCACCACCACCACCACCUCCUCCCCCAACGGGCUCAGCGUCCGCUCGGCAGCAGAAGCCGUGGCCACCUCGGUGCUCACCCAGAUGGCCACCCAAAGGACAGACCUCAGCCUGCCAGUCCCUUCCCACGUCAUCAUGGCUCCACAGUCCCAGUCUGCUGGCAGAUGAUGGCACCAGCCUGGUGACCCAGAGCUCAGAACCACAAACUUGACCCUAACCAAGUCCUGUGAAGAGUUGGGGGCCCAUAAGGAUUUUUAUUUCUUUUUCUUUCUUUUUUUUGUUUGUUUGUUUGUUUGUUUGCUUUCUGUUGGAUUUUUGGGGGAUUUCUAAGUGUGUUGAGGGCAGCCAUGGUGUUUCCCACACCCUGAAGACCCCAGUGCCCUGCCAUCCCCACGGGGACUCUGCCCAUGGAGAACUUGUCCCCAGUUGAUAGUUGGCCCCCAACGCACCGAGCCUGAGACCCAGAAGCUCCUCAGAAGGUUCUUUGCAGGUGGCACUUCCAUUAACACUAAACUUCCAGGCUUGGGGGGGUGCUCCUUGGCUCUUCCACUCUUCUGAGUCCCCCACCUCCAAAAUUCCCUCCACCUCCUUCUUUUCCUCCACAAAGGGAACCACCUCUUGGGUGGUUGGGACGUUGAGUUGUGCUCUCCAGACCUUUGUCAUGGCCAUGUUGCUUCCAGGCACCUGCUCCCCACUCUGCUCCUGCUCCCUGCAACCUUGCACCUUCACCCAAGGAGCCUCUUCAAGCUCAGAGCUCCAAGGGAUCCAGGUUGGUCCCAUCCCAUGUUGACUCCCAAGGUGCCAACCACAAAUUAUCGGGGGGCCGGGGGAGCAUCCUUGCAGUUGGUGCCCAACAGUGGAGAGAAGGGGGACACAAGAGCAUGGGGGACCCCCAGAGAUGUCUUCCUAGUGCCACCAACAUGGCCCUGCUGCUCUGGUGAUGGGACACACAGUGGUUGCUGGAGGGAAGGUACCAUCUCUGGGACUCUGCCCGGAGUCUUCCUCACAGGAAUUUUGGUGCUGAGCUUCUGGGACCGGUGCGAAGCUCCUGGAGGUGCAGGAACCCAACCCCCAUCCCAGCAGGAGUCCCAGAAAUCACCACGUACUCCCAACCCUGCAAGGAAACAAAUCCCUUUAUCUCCAAGGAUCUCCUCUACCCAGAACCUCGAUGACCUGAAAUACAGUGGCCUUAAAUCCUGAACCAGUUGCCUGUUCCAAGGGGAAGGAGAACCAAGUUGUGUUUCUUUUUUUCAUUCGGUUUUUCCCCUCCAUGAUGUUUUUCCACCCUCAGUGGAGCAACCAUUGCAUCCCAGGCAGAGCCAGCCAAGGAUUCCCAGAGCUUCCAGUUUUUGUUGGGUGGGUGAAAAAAAAACAAAACAAAAACAUCUGGAAGGACACUUGGAAUGGAGUCUGCUGCCUCAUGGGGUGCGUGUGGCCUUCCCAAGGUUGCCACUAGCCCUGGGCAAGUGAAGGGAGGCAGGGAGGGGACCUUUGCCCAUCCAAGCUCUUGGAAGACACCUCAGCCAACUCCACGGAGCUGCAGCAACCCCUUGGUCUUCCUCGGGAGGUCCCUCCUUGCCCACCUCAGGUUGCACUCGCCACUUUUGGAGCCAAGUUGGGUCAAAUUUGGCUUCAGUUUGGCUUUGCCAGACUCAAGAAGGUUUCCAGGGACAUCAAAAAAAACCCAAAGUCAAGUUGGAGCAAGACACCGAGAGCCCGGGAUGGACGGGGAAGUUCAGCACUUUGGUUUCUUUGAAUCCAGGGCCUCCAUCUUCUCCUCCCCUCCCUUUUUCUUUCAGCUUUUCCUCCACUUUUGGGCUGGGUUUUUCUCCCCCUGCUGCUGCUCUCCCACUUUCUCCUUGCUCAUCUCAAAGGCUUGAGGGUUCCCCUCUGGCCUUGGCAGGUUGCACUGGGGGUUCAUCACCCCCAACCCCCCCCUAAACCCACAUUUUCCUCCUGGAAAACCAUUUCUGCCCAGGCUGAGGGCUCAGCUCUUGCUCUCCUGGCUGUGUUUCUCCAACCUUGAGGACACGAGGGGAGGUUUAGCAGCUCCACACAAGCUGGACAAAAAAAAAAAAGGGGGUUUCAGACUUCCAGCAGUGGGUCAGAACCUUUAAAUUUUGAUCUGAGAGGGUUUUUGCAGGAGGUAGAAGAUCCAGCCCUGCCUUUGCUUCCCCUCUUGCAGCUACUGCAUCCCCCCCAGCUCUUCCCUUCUCCUGGAGGCACCAGAACCAAAGAGCUCCUGGGGAUGGAUGGAGGGAGGUGGGAGUGACUCCAGGACUGAAGGGGAUCAGCAUCCAACCAACUGCUUCCCCCCCCCAUCUCAUUUUUCCUAAAAAUGACCCAAUUCUGUGUGCUGGUGUCACCCAGCCUGCCCGUGGCCCCAGAGAAUCGUGGUUUGAAAGGACCUUGAAGGUUGUCCUGUCCAUCAAGAUCAUCAGAUCCAACUCCCACUUAUCAAGUCCAACCAUCAAAGUUGGACAUUCCUGCCCCAAUUUCCCUGUCCCUGAAGGUUGGUGACAAACGGGGAGCCACCCCCCCUUUCAUCCUCAUUCUUUGCUCCUUAUCCCUCCACCAUCUCCAUCCCAUCUCCUCAGUGCCUUCAGAAAACACCUCGACCCCAACCCCGUGCCCAUCAAGCUCCAAACCACCAUAAAAUAAUCAGGGAACAAAACUUUCAUUAUUUUACUCUCAUUUUUGUUUUUAAUAGACAGGGUUGAACCUUCCCCAUGUUUGGUGUCUCCCCCAGGGCAAGGUUUUGGAGAAGGUUUCAUCCCAUGGAUGGAUGUCCCAAGCCAUAAAUGUCACUUAGGGUGAGGUCCAUCCUGAUGCUGAGCUGGCUGGAAACCUUGGGAGGAGACAAAUGUCCCAGUGCUGGGUGGCUGUCACCUCCCAGGUGACAAGAUUGCUUUGUGAGGGGUCACUGUCCCCAGCCAGCAACAUCCCAGCAGCCUCCAGAUCCCGUGGGAUCAGGAAGGGUCUUGGGAAGGGAUUGGUGUUACCUUCCCCCCCCCCCCCCAAAGAAAACUGGCUCCUUGCUUCCAAAUUUUGAUGGCCCAGCUGGAAAAUUGCUCAUUUUUGGUCAUUUUUGACCUCGUGGCCCAGUUUCUCAUCACUUCCCACCCCACCCCCCCUGCUUCCAACUUUGCUGCUUCUCUGCCAGCAGUGCAAAACCAGCCCAGGAGGGUCCCAAUUUUGGUGGCUCAGCUGGAAAACUGCUCAUUUUUGGUCAUUUUGGACCUCAUGGCCCUGUUUUUCUCUUCAUUUCCCCCCAAAAGCUUUGGUGCUGCUUCACCACCACUGUCCCACAUCCUCCCCCCCCCCCCCCCAAAACCACCCCAAGCAGUGCUUUGCCCCCCCUCAAAACCAACCCAGGAGGAGACAACAACACCUUUGGGGGGAUGCAGGAGGAGGGUCCUGUCCGUCCCCCCCAUCAAGCGUUGAUCAAUCA